AGAAUGGUGCCUGCCACAAAAGAAGACAUCUCAACUCACUGGGCAACCUCUCUCCGCUCUCCAUCUACCUCGAUGACCAUGCGAACAAGACGAGGUUGAGGAUUCUUCGCUUCUGCAAGUCGUUCUUUUUUGGAUUCUUGCGCCCUUUUUGGUUUUGGUCUCCUUUUGGACUUACCCAAAGCAGCAUUCUUCAAUGCCCAGUGCGUCAGCAUUCCUCAGCCAGGCCCGAUCCUAUUCGGAUGUGGACAAGAAAAACCGGAAUUCGGCAACAUAAACCUCUCCUAGUUCCUGGAUCGGUGGAGGCCAUUCAGACAUAUAUGUCAUUCGAAAAGCGUUGUGCACAAGGUGAGGAGAACAAGCGUGGUUUGGGUGAAGCCGUGGCCGUUUGGCCCUCGCAGAGGAUCAAGGUCUGAGAGGGAACGGCAGAAUCGGGUCAACACCGCUAUCGCGUCAACUGCGCCGAAUAUUCCUUUUCAAAAUCACCGCGCAUCAUAGUUGGACAUAUCACCACGAAUGCUCUCCCGAUAUUCCAUUACUAUACCCCUACUGAAUGCUGAAAGCUGUCACUUGGCCGGACCUGCUGGUGAAAGUGAAGGAUUGUCUGGGCCAUGACGGCAAAGAUGUCCACACCUCAGAACGUCUCUGAUCACACAGCCAGAAACACCACAACCAACCAUUCUAAGAAUGAGAAGAUCCUUGUCAAGAGAAAUGUUCUGGGCGAGACUCAAGCCAGAGGACAUCCUACGAGUGCCCCUCAUCCACGAAAUAUGGCACCUCGCUGCGGUUCCUCCUCGCCUCGACUACCCCACCAUGAAUCUCUGAAGCCUGAAGCCAAUUUGUCAGUCCGGGAAAAGGUGGUCGGUAAAAUCUCUGCGAUUGAAAACAAACGCAUAUCUACCAUUGCUAAUGAGGUCGCGGCUGAGGCCAAACGAGACUCGCAUGUUUCCACAAACUCAUCAGGCGCUGGAAAAGGCAAAAGAAAGACUCAUGUUGGCCCAUGGCAACUGGGUAAGACUCUAGGAAAGGGAGCGACUGGAAGAGUUCGUCUAGCGAAACAUUCGAUGACAGGCCAAGUCGCGGCAGUCAAAAUCGUGUCCAAAAAAUCAGCUGCGUUGGUCCAAAGUGCGAGUAUGGCUCGUAUGGACAAAGAAGACACCACGGCCAUGGUUGCAGCAGGCCCACGUACAAUGCCCUUUGGGAUUGAACGUGAGGUUGUCAUUAUGAAGCUAAUUGCACAUCCCAAUAUCAUCAAUCUCUACGAUAUCUGGGAAAAUCGUGGCGAGCUGUAUCUUGUCCUAGAGUAUGUCUCUGGUGGUGAACUCUUUGACUACGUCUCAAGCAAUGGAGCACUACCUGAGGGAGAAGCAGUCAGACUCUUCCGUCAGAUCAUUGCAGGCUUGUCAUACUGUCACCGCUUCAACAUCUGUCAUCGAGAUCUCAAGCCCGAAAACAUCCUGCUCGAUAGUGAGAGAAAUAUCAAAUUGGCAGAUUUCGGAAUGGCAGCACUCCAACCGAACGGGACCUGGCUCAACACCUCAUGCGGAAGUCCACACUAUGCCGCACCUGAAAUCAUUCUCGGCCAGCAAUACAGAGGUGAUAUGGCUGACAUCUGGAGCACCGGAAUCAUCCUCUUUGCCAUGCUCAACGGCUUUCUGCCUUUCGAUGGCGGCACAGUCCAGAAUACACUCCGUCUCGUCAAAAAAGGAGAAUAUUACCUACCCCCAAAUCUGAGUAUCGAAGCUUCAGAUCUUAUCCAACGAAUCUUGCAGAAGCGACCAGAGAAGAGGAUCAGCAUGGACCAUAUCUGGCCUCACCCACUUCUGCGCAAGUAUGAAAAGUAUCACGCAAGCCUGGUUGCACCCGAUGCUCUGAUCGGUCCUGCUCCACCACUGAGUAUUGAAGCGCAGACCAAACGUAUCACAAAGCGCUCCGACAUCGACCAAGAGAUAUUAAGCAAUCUCUCUACUCUGUGGCACGGGCUGAAGGCUGAGGAGCUUGUGAAGAGACUUCUUAGUGAAGAACCGAACCAUGAGAAGUUGUUCUACUGGGCAUUGAUCAAGUUUAGGGAAGACCAACUUGAAAACUAUCCUGGCGAGCCUCUUCAGUAUUCGGCAAGUGAUUAUCACCACGUCAGCAGACCGGCGCCAAAGUCAAACAAGCGAGCUGCGAACGGCCGUGGUCACAAUCGCCGUGCUUCCCAGUUCUCAAUCAUAAGUGAUGAAGCUACCCAUCGCGAUAGCUAUUACAAAAACCCAGCAACAGCAGCCAGCAAGGCCACGCAAAGCAGCUAUGACCCUUAUCGAGCUUCCAGAACACCAAUUACUGAAGCCAACCCCGAUUCUACUACAGUCGUUGUCCGACACCGACCAGGCAGUUCAGCCGGAAGCGUCAGACAUAGAGCACUAGAUCGAAUCCAGGACAACGAUGUGCCCGCUCUGCCAAGCUUCACGUCUGAAGACCUUGAACGGAUCAUUCAGAAGAAGCGAGCAUCAUAUUCGACAGCGACAUCUAAGAGCUCCCUUUCCACCAGCACUAGACGUCGGCCCGGAAUCAGGAAGUCGUUAAGCUAUAAGCGGCAAGUCAGUUUUCUCCAUCGACGCCAGACCUCCUACGGACGUGCGAACACCAAUCUUAGGGUGCGCUAUGACAGUGGCUCAAGUGACCGGCCUCAAACUCGCAGCUCGAGUGAUCCAAGAACCGAGUCACAGAGCACACCUAGUCUAGCUACGCCCUCUCAGCCGUACCAGCCUCGAAAAUCGAGCUCAGAGAUGGAUAUUAAGAAGACUCGUGUUACCAGUCAUUACUGGAAGGAUGAGACUCGUAAAGUGAGUGCUGAGUUAGGGAAGAUUUGCGAAGAGGCCUUCAAUCGAUCUUCUAUGUCUACUACGAUGAGCGACGCAAGUCCACAAGUGCCUCUGGAUUCUUCGGCCACGUCAAUAUCGGCGCACAAUCGUGGAGUGCUCGAGAGCAUCCGAAAUCGCCCUCUGCCGGCAACACCGGUGCUUCAAGAGUUGAUCGGCCGUCGCCACAAGAUCAUCGAAACUUGGGGCGAUGCUGACAAAAUUGUGUUGAAUGAGAUUCUUGCCGCUCUGGACAACCGAAUCGAUGCUGAAAUUGACAAGCAACUGAGUCUGGAUAAACGAGCCGCCUCCGAUCCCACUCAAGGCACUAUCACUGGCCGCCAGGGAAAUAUCUCGCCUACAAACACAAUGGAAGACCUCAAGCGUGGCCGUGAAAAGAAUCGAGCAGCUUCCGAUCCUCUAAAAUUCAAAACACCUUAUGCCCGCCAGGAAAAUACCAUUCGUCUAGUUACUCCCGAUCCAACGUCGCCACUAGCUCGACUCGAGCCUCUCAAGGUUCGGAAAAACAAGGCAAUGCCGAUCAACUCAUUGAGGGGUGGACCAGUCAAUAUGACAGAUGCUCAAAAUGAGCGUGUUGGCUACGACCAACGCCUCUAUACAAAGACGGGACUGGACACAAUCGAGGAAGACCCAGCGUCUCCGAAGAAGGCUCCCCGAAAGUGGUCAUGGCUUGGUAAACGUGGUUCGGGAGGGCAUGAUUUACUGGAAGCUAUACAUUCUACAGGAGAAGUCAAGCAAAGUGUCGACUCUCGGGCUUCCGAGGUUGUUCAACCGAGUGAGUCGACGCAUUCCUCGAUCCCUUCAAGGGGUAAGGAUAGUGAGCCCGAAUCAGGUGACAUCGAGUUGAACGUCGAGAAGAAAAAACGCUGGUUCCAGAAGAUGUUCGGUAAGUCGAAAGCUGAGGACAACUUAUCGAACACUACCGUGGUCGAACAUCGCAUUGUUCGGGAUCUAUCUAGUGCGACAGACUCGGAGACAAGAGAUGAAAUUACCAACGAACCUGGUGACGACAAGGCUACGGCUCGCAAGUGCUUUCCUCCAGCAACGAGUGUUGACGCUGCUGCAGCGGCGGCUGCCCUUGGUCCCAUUGAGAUCAAUCAAAAUUGGUUUGCCAAAUUCUUCCACAUCAAGCCAGCAACUCGCGUUAUUUGUCUUCAGAUCAGCAAGGGCAAAGCUAGGAAAGAGCUCCUCAAGAUACUCAAGGAAUGGCGAAAAUACGGGAUCAAAGAUGUAAUUUCGGAGCGCAGAACGGGUGGAGAUGUAGUUCGUGGUCGCGUGGACGCAUCGAAUUAUCUCCAGCUCAAGCCGGUACAUUUCCACGCCUACCUAUAUUCUGUCCUCGAACAUGGUCGGAAAGCCAAUCUGAGCAUUCUGAAAUUCACACAAGAGAAGGGAGCAGCCAGCAGCUUCUACAAGGUUGUCGACACUCUUGAAGCGGUCUUGAAGGAGCGAGAUCUCGUUGUGCUAGACGCGCAGAAGAAGAAGGGUAUCGAGAAGAGUCUCAAAGAUGCCGGUCUCUGAUAAGAGAAUUGGACUGUAACAUACCGAGUAUUUUUGGGCUUGAGCAGCUCGCUCAACGUCUCGUGUACAUUCGCUGAUCAUUCUUGGAGAAGAUUGUUGUGAUCAGGACAUACAUUGGAUGCGGACUGGUACCCAGGGCUUUUCGUGCAUAUUAUUGGAAGCAAUUCCAGGAAGAGGUAUUGGCGACAGCUUUUCAGCAUUGGGUUUUGUAAAGUACUACGCAGAUAGAAAAGCGCCCACGUUUUA